GAUAACCUUUUUGAACAAUACCGUUCGAGCGUAUUUUGGACCGGUAAGGUUAAAGAAAUUUUACGGCACACUCCAAUUUCUAAUGAGUUCGAUAAUUCAAUGUAUCUCAGUGUCCCGGCAUCUGAAAAAAAUAUGCUUAUUUCUCCACCGGGGUCACCAUCCGCUAAUUGGAUCCAAAUACGCGAAGACUCACCAAAUUCAGUCACGUUGGCUGAUGAUUUAGUUCAUGCACUCGCACAUAUUUCUUUACACAAUUUUGAUUCAGACUCAUCCGACUUGGAAGAAUUCUCACUGGAUGACAAGUUAGAGUCAGCUCUCGGUGAUGACUUUGCCAUUUCACAAAUGCAAAUACCUAUCUUGACCGUUCUUCCAAAAGAUGUGGAAUCAAAUCUUCAUGGAGACGUUGAUGUACCACUUAUUCUCAUUCAAGACUGGGAUGAAACUCCCGCGUCCAACAAAAAUUUCAAAAAACCAUUACAAGUUAAUUCUAUAUCUAGACCAUAUUUCUGUCCAACGCCAGCUCCAGCUUCAUUUUUAUUACAAUCUUGA